CGCCGAAGGCUGCUAAUACCACAAUGCGGCGACUGGUACUGUUGCUCUUAUCGCUCUCUACAUGCCGUCUCUCCCUGUCCGAGACGGCCCUGUCCGACCAUCUCGCCACCAUCGCCGGCGUGCAGCCCGCAUCAGACUGCCCCAGCCCCACCACAUGGUUCCCAAGACCACCCAGGCCACCCGCAUCCCCGCCCACACAGAAACGUACUGCAAAAGAACCUGAGGCGAACGGCGAGUGGAUACCAAUCGGCCGUUCCAAUGCGACAGCGACAGAGACACCUGCUGCUGCAGCGGAAGAGUCUGACGAGACUCAGUGGGCGGCGGGGAAGGAGGAGCUGGUGGAGCGGCUGCUGGUGGAGGCCAUGAACGAGCUCACCCUGAUCAAGACCGCGGACGAGGGGCGGGCAGGGAGGGCCGCACGCAUAUCGAGGGAGAGCUACUCUAUCGUUGACGUCAAGCACUGCAACAAGGGGCGGGAAGUUGCGCUGACGGACAAGGACAAGAAGCGACUCAAGAAGAUCGGCGAGGUGGCCGUGGCAACCGACAACGGCCUCCAAAUCGCACUGAGCAAAAGCGGGUUCGGGAAGUCCACCGAUGCUGCCGGCGGUGCGUCCAUGGCCCCCCUGCUCUACCUCCACUUCCGGGAGAUCAGGGUGUUCACGCAGACGACCAAGCGAGGGCCACUACACUCCAGGACCGUCUUUCGCUACGACAGGGACAAAUCGCACCCAACUGUGGCUGACCUGGGUGUCAAUGUUGUCGACCAGGAGAGGGCCAUCAGCACCACGUCGACACUCGUCCAAGACGCCGUCAAGCAACUGCGGGUGUACUUCCAAAGCCUCGCCUGCGCCUCGUGCCCAAACACGGUCUUCAGUAUCGAUGACGACGACAUCUUCGCCGCUUUUGCGCGGAUGAUUCCCGGCGGAUUUCGAGUUCGCCUUGACUUUCAGCUGAGAGGCAAGGGAAGCGGCUGCAAAGGGGCGGACGGGGAGGACAAGACGGCGUCUUACCAUCGCGUGUGGGUGGAGAUGACCCAUAAUGACAAUGACAAGGGCGAGGCUAACAAGAGAGAGGCCGUGUUUGACUUCGGAUGGGAGUGCGGUGAGGGAGGGGUGUGUCGUGUGAUGGAGGGGAAGCAGACCAUCGCGAAAUUCAAGACACAGGCCACAGACCCGCAGAAACGAGCGGUUAGUCGACGCCAUCACUUUCACGAACACACAUAUGAGCAACAGGCGCGCGCGUGUCUCUCUGCUUACCUGCAGGGUGAGUUCUUCUGCCAGCCUGUUGUCCCCCACACAAAUGGCGUGUGUCGGCACCUGUACCCCCACCAGAGUCCCAAAGACUUCUACCGGACCACCAACGCAGAUAUGGGCUCGUUCAUCGACCUCGCCGCCGGCAUCAAGGAAAGCCUCUCAAGCGGUGUGGAGAGGGUGUCUCCCACCGACGCCCGCUUCUGCGCCUAUGACGCCGACAUACCGUUGGAAUUCGGUUCUUUUUGACGCUUGGCGUCUCCAUUGCUUGGAGGUCUCUCUGUGGUUGUCUUCUGUUGUGUGUGUGUGUGUAGAUCCGCGAGAGGACGAAAAGGUCAAAACGUGUUUCCCAGACAACAUCGUCAAGAACCAGGGCACAUGUGAGGCCUUCUUCUGGUCUCCAUUGGCAAGCCAGGCACAGCCCCCCCGUGUUGUCUGCUUGUGCAGGCGGCAGCUGCUGGGCCUUCGCUUCUAGCUUCUCAUACGCAGGUACGUCAAUGGCCACCUGACAUACAGACUUCCCACUUUGUCUCUCGUGUCCACGCACAGAUCGGCAGUGCCUGCAUGAACUCCGAUCUGGCGUGGAGCCCUCCGUGAUGUUCGACGGCAACCGGCACACCUUCUCCCCCCAGGAUCUCAUCUCCUGCGUCCCGGGCAGCGGAUGCAACAGCGGCGUGCCCGCAGCAGCAUUCACAUACUACUAA